AUGAGGCAAUUCGCUUUCAUUCAAUACGCUUUGGCCGUGAUAUUCUUUUCUCUUGCGUCUGCAGCAUCAACAGCGUCGACAUGCUUUCCCGCCAAGAAGAUAGCGGCUCAGCUGGGCCCCAUGCUGUCUGCUGAUGCCGAGAUUUACAUCCCAAACCAAGUAGACUUUCUCGAUGUUAGCCUGAGAUGGUCCAAGUUUGCUGCUCCAUCAUAUGCGGCAUACGUCAAAGUGGCUAGCGAAGAGGAUGUUCAGGCAAUUGUUCGAUAUGCCAACAAGAAGGGCAUCCCUUUUCUGACUGUCUCUGGAGGCCAUGGUUGGACUUCACAACUGCAAAGAAUGCAGCAUGUGACUGGUGUCUGCGAGUGCACCGGCCUCAUGGGUGUUGCCCUUGGAGGCGGUCAUGGAACCCUGCAGGGGCACUACGGUUCGCUUGCUGACCAGAUUGUUGCUGCCCGCGUUGUGCUGGCCAACGGGAAAGCUGUCACCGCCUCCACAAAGAAGAAUUCUGAACUCUUCUGGGCCCUUCGAGGAGCCGGCCACAACUUUGGAAUUGUUACAGAGGUCAUUUACAAGGUGUACGACGCUCCUGCCAAAGACAACUGGCUUGUCAAGACCUUCAUUUACCUCCCUGAUCAGAUCGGAGCUUUCUAUGAAGUUGCGAACAAAGCCAUCGCAAACGGGUAUGGCGUUGAUCGGCAGCCAGCAGGCAUGCUCGUCGCCUCCCUGUACACCAUCGUUCCUGAUGUCGACCCAAAUACGCCAGUACUACUCUUUCUCAUGGUGUACGAUGGCUCAGAGAAGGAGAUGGCACCACAUGCCAAGCCUUAUCUGGACCUCAAGCCAAUUUUCAACAGCACCCAGGAGAUCUCCUACAGUGAGAUCUCUGCCGUAUUUGCGUUUGACGAUAACUCUGUCGCAUGCCAGAAGGGCAUCCGCACACAAGGCUACUCUCUGAACCUCCAGAAGCAUCAUGUCCCGACCCAGUGUGCUGUGUAUGAUGAGUUUAGUAAAUUCAUAAUCAAGAACCCCGACUUCAAGCGCAGCUAUGUCAUAUUUGAGGGAUACCCUCUUCAAGGAGUGCGGGCAAUCGAUGCAUCGACCACUGCGGUGGCAGAUCGAGAGAGCAACGUUAUUGCGCUUUUCUCCCUUCUCUAUUCGUCGCCCAAGAAUGACAAAAUUGCCACUAAAAUUGGCACAAAAGUCAGGGGCUUGUUGCACAAGGGGACCGGUGAGAGAGACAUGAGUGUUUACAUCGGAUAUGCAAGGGGCACCGAGGCUGCUCGACAGAUCUAUGGAAACGAUGGCGUCCGAUUGAGGAAGUUGAAAGGUUUAAAACAGAAGUAUGACCCCCACGGGAGGUUCAACUUCUAUGCGCGUAUAGAGUGA